AUGAACGAGACGAACUCGGUGCGGGACGACGAUCUGCUUUUGGAUUUCUAUUACGCCGCGCAGGUCAGCAUCUGGCUGUUGAAGCCGAUCGGUGCCUGGCCGCUGCAGCAACGAGCCACCAAGCUGAAAACUCUUGUGCACGGCUCGUCGAUCGUGAUCGUUACGUUUCUUCAGCUCUUCAUGAUCGUUCCGUGGAUCACAUGCAUCAUCACCGCCAAGAUGAGUUUCUACGAGAUCGUGAGAACCGCGUGUCCGUUGAUAUUCUCGAUUACCGUUUUUCUGAGGUACUUGCUGCUGCUGUGCCAUCGGAACGAGAUCAGAUCGUGCAUCGACCUAAUCAUCGAAGAUUGGCUCAGCACGACGAUGGCCAAAGACCGUCAGAUCAUGCUGGCAAACGCCAAGGCAGGACGUUUCUUCGGCAUCAUCUCGGUGGCGUUUAUGUUCGGAAGCGGUCUGCCUUACGCUUGCAUGCCCAUAAUCCUGCCGUUUGCCGUCAACGAGGACAACGUGACGAUUCGAUCGCUCCCCAAUCCCUGCGACUUGAUCUUCCUCGACGUUCAGGUUAGUCCAGUUUACGAAGUGGCGUACGCACUGGAAUUUUGCUCAAGUUUUAUUCUCUUUACCGUGUUCUGCGGCAUUUGUAGCUUGACAGCGAAAUUCGUUAGCCACGCGUGCGGCCAGUGCGAGAUCCUGAUGUAUUUCUUCGAGGAAAUGAUCGACGGCGGUGAUCACAAUCGGGGCACCAUCGAUCAACGGAUCAGCACCACUAUAACACGUCAUCUCCGUAUACUCAGAUUCGUUUCUGACAUAGACAAGGUGCUGAACGAGAUUUGUUUGGCGGAGUUCGUGAACGCCUCGUGCAACAUAUGUUUACUCGGUUAUUACGUUAUCGUGGAUUGGAACAAUCAGGAAUCGAUGUUGCAGAUCUUCGUGUACUUCCUCGCCUUUGUAUCUAUCACUUUUAACAUAUAUAUAUUUUGCUACAUCGGCGAGCAGCUCGUAGAUCACUGUCAAAAGAUAGGCACCAAGUGCUACAUGAUCGAGUGGUAUCGAUUGCCACAGAAUAAAGCGCGCAAUUUGAUUUUCCCGAUCAUCAUGUCGAAUUAUCCGGUCGAACUCACCGCCGGACGAAUGCUGAAAAUGACCAUGAGCAGUUUCUCCAACAUUUUAAAAACGUCGAUGGCGUACUUCAACUUGCUUCGCGAAGUUUCUACGCGGGACAUUAUGUAA